CUAUCAACAACACAAUUCCAUACGCCAACGCUUAUUAUUGAUUACUUAAAAAGAAAACCCUGUAAAUUCUCUAUCAAAUAGCCGACGUCGAUCUUUUGACCGCCGGCACUUCACGCUUUUUCUGCGGUACGAUCCUCAUCGCCACCAUCAUCGAUCUCUUUCCCGAUCAUUUUGUUAUCGUUUUGGUUUUUCUGUUGCCUUUUGUUUUCUAUCUAUGUAUGUUCAUUUAGUCGGUUGAAAUCCGAUGUUCCGAUGAAAUCCUAUUUUACCUACGAACAAGUAGAUCCUCUUAAAUAAACAAAUAAACAAAAAAAAUGCGUCUAACUGGUCCUGAAUCGAGUUUAAUUUGGGGUUUUGUGUUGUAAGUAUUAAUGGAUUAUACACACAUAGGCGUAUACAUAUGUUAUUUGUGUAUUUUUAUGCUAUGUGGAGAAUACCACAUAUAAUUUCCUCAAAUACGCUUGUUAAAACUUUUGGAUCUGCGUGUUAUGGAUACAAAAUAUUAAGGAAAUAGAGAGGCUGGUUGAUCACCAUUUUUCUUUUCUCUCGUUUCUGUUUCUGAGUUUUCCUUUUCGAUUUUCAUCUGUGAAGGAUUUUAGGCUUUUGUUUUUUUAGGAUUUGAUUUAUUAUUUUAUCAGUGUGAGUGCUACAUUUUGGUGGACGAUUACGAUGAAUAUAAAUAGAUCAAUCAUACUUUGGUGGUUUCAUUUCUUUAUGGUCAUAGUUGAUUUGAUUUUCUUGACCUUUUAAGCUUCAAGCUAACAUCCAGUAUAAGCAUGAUAAAGCUUAUAAAUUAAGAUACACUAAUUUUUGAGUUAGGCUGUUAUGUCCAAACUGUGACAUUGGGUGCAAAUUGGGUGUGGGUUGGCUUGAGUGCAAUCAGAUAUGCAUCAGGUGCACACCCAAUUGAUAAGUAGACAACAACUACAUGGGUGUGUCUUGGGUGCAGGUGGGAUGUGGCUUGACUUGUCUUUUACAGGUUCGUCUUACUUUUUUCUGUAUUAGGUUCUUGUUUCAAGGCUUUGAAUUCUACAGGAUUAGAAAGAAAAAGAAACACCUAAAAUAUAGGCAUAUCUUAUGUAAAUAUUGUAAAAAAAACAUAAACCAUACACCCUUGAGUCUAACCAAUAACUAGAGUCUUGAUGUGUUGUUUUUUAGUUUGCUCUAUCAUACAUCCUUGUCUUAUCUAUUAGGUGUAGUUGGACAUUUUUCUUGUUCAGUUUUCUCAAAGAACACAAAUCAUUUUGUUUAUUUUCUUGUAGGAUCCUGAAGUUGUCUAUAUAUGUAGAUACUUUCUUGAGCCUCAACCCCGAUUUUAGUAAAAUUUAGUUGGCAAAUCCAUGUAACUUGAUAUCUAGCGCAUCCGGCAUCAGCACCCAUUCCUUUCUUCCUAGCUUAUAGGUGUAUAUAAGUGGGCUCUCUCAUAGAAACUAAAAGAAAAGGUUGGCAUAAAAGGUAGCUUGUAUCAAAAGGUGAAGUAAAGUUAUCUGUCAAAAAGGAUGAGACAUAGACACUUGUCCAACUCAUUUACAAGAUUUGGAGGUGACCAACAGGAUAACAACCAUACCCAUACACCAGUGGAACACUCUUACUUUCCUACAGCAGGAAGGUCAGAAAACGGUCCUUUUGUUGGUCAGAAUCUGAUGAAUCAUAUGUCAAGAGGUCACAGAAAUUUGGAAGGAGGCAGCAGCAGGGCAAACGAAUAUCCUCCUCCUCCUCCUCCUUCAUCAAACAUUAGCAUGGAAGUACAGCCGCCCUUUGUGCCACCUUUUCCGCAUCCAUCAAUCACUGGCGGACACCCCGCUCAUUAUACUAAUUAUAAUCAUCUUCCAAACGCACAUGAUAUGGAAUCUGGUCUGUUGAACCACCACCACCACCACCCAACACCCAAUGGAGUAGGAGGAGGGCCACUCAAAAGAAAAAGGUCAGGUAGCUUAAACAGCCUCUACACCGUAGGAAGUUCAUCCAGUUCUUCUGCUUCUCAGAUGCCAUUAGAAAAACCAACCCUAGAUCCUUACAGGGGCAAUCUCACAAUUGAUGGUCAAGAUUCAUCUAGGAACGUGAGACGUAGAUAUAGACAUGAUGACAUGGAAUCAGAAUCAUCUAGAAGUCAUGUCCCAAACCAUUUUUAUCAAUCAGCACCAGUACCACAUCCACCACCACCACCACCACCACCAAACUACUCCUCCGCAGCCCCCCAUGUUCCUCAUUAUCCUGCCCCCUCCCACAUACGAGACAUGAGACAUGAGAUGAAUCAGUUUCAUGUUGGAGGAAGUUCUGGUGAUCCAGCUUUCAGCAGCAGCAGCAGACAAAAUCUUCAUGUUCAUGCCAACAACCAUUCUCGCAGAAUUCACUCUUCGUAUGGUAGUGCUUCCAGGUACUCCCACUAUGGACAUGGUGGUACAUCAUCUUCAACAAGUGGGAAUGGGCUGCGGACCCCACCAGACAAUUUCUCUCCUAGAAACUCGAGGCAUUGGUCUCCAAAUGGGUGGAGGGGUAAUUACAGCCACAGGAGUGGAAGGCCAAGGAUAGCAGUUGAGAGAUUCCAUUCCGUUGUUGAUGUAACGGAAUCCCAUGAUAGAAUUGGACAUGAGACCUUGAUGAUGGUGGAUCGGGGGGGAUCCUUGUAUGGCAAUUCUAGGAAUUUCUCGGAUCAGUAUAGAGAUUUGAGGCUAGACAUCGACAACAUGAGCUAUGAGGAACUGCUUAAUCUCGAGGAAAGGAUAGGGAGUGUUAACACAGGUUUGUCUGAGGACAGCAUGUCCAAGUGUUUAAGGGAAAAAGUUUACUAUUCUUCUUCAGACCAAAACCAAAACCAAAACCAAAACCAUGAGGAGGUUUCUUGUCCUAUCUGUCUUGAAGAGUAUAAAAAUGGUGAUGCGAUUGGAAUGAUGGAAAGAUGUGGACAUGGUUAUCAUGUGGAUUGUAUCAAGAAGUGGCUGUUGAUGAAGAAGUUAUGCCCCAUUUGCAAAACCGAAUGCUCAAAUCAGUAGUCACCCAUCCACCCCUUUUGCUUUGCUUUCUCAUUCUGUAAAUAGAUGCCAUAUCAUAUGUGCAUUAUGCAAUUAUGCAUUCACUUGUACAGCACGUAAUGCAAUUUCCUUAGCUUAAUUUUAGUUUUAUUGCUGCUUUGCUGUUGUUUUUAUUAGUUACUACCACCAGAAAACAAAGCGUUUUACUGGUUUUCAUAUAUUAUUAGGUGUGUAAAGGUAAAGCAUGUAAGGAUUUGUCCUUUGUGUUGUGUGGUGCAACAAACAUAUAAUAUAUAUUUCCUCAA